CGGUGACGACUGUGGCGGAGAAGGCCCGAGGGGCUCUGCGUUCUGGAGCGGCGUUGCCGGGGCUAGUGGCUGCUGGUGUCUGGCCUGAGGAGAACAGCGAGCUUGUUCUGCAUUUCCUGCCGGGAUCCCAGCAACGAUGAGCGCUGCCAGGGAGUCUCACCCGCACGGGGUGAAGCGUUCAGCUUCCCCAGACGACGAUCUUGGAUCUAGCAAUUGGGAGGCAGCAGACUUGGGCAGUGAAGAGAGAAAACAAAAGUUCCUCAGACUUAUGGGUGCAGGAAAGAAGGAACACACCGGUCGUCUUGUUAUAGGAGAUCACAAAUCAACAUCACAUUUCCGAACAGGUAAGAAAAUGAAANNNAUUAAUGAAGAACUGGAGUCUCAAUAUCAGCAAAGUAUGGACAGUAAAUUAUCAGGAAGAUAUCGACGACAUUGUGGACUUGGCUUCAGUGAGGUGGAAGAUCAUGAUGGGGAAGGCGACGUAGCUGCAGACGAUGAUGGAGAUGAUGAUGAUUCACCCGAU